UAUUAAUUUAUUUAUUCCUCUUUUAAGUCUACUUGAAUGGUGAUAAUAGUUAGUUUAAUGGAGUUUAGAGUUUAACUUUGAGUUCUGAUUCUGUUUGUAUUGAGUUUAUUGUUCAUUUCGGUAUUGUAUUGUGAUUGAUGAAUUUGACUCCUCUAAAGUUAGUAAAAUAUAAAGUGAGAAAAUCAAAUGGUUUUCUUCCAAAACGCGUGAUUUGUUAUGAAGUUAGUAAUAUGAAGAGCGUGCGAGAAAAUCAAGGGGUUUAUUUCAAAACGCGUGAUUUGUUAUGAAGUUAGUAAUAUAUAAAGUGAGUAAAGCAAGAAAAUCAAAGGGUUUUAUUCCAAAACGCGUGAAUUGUUAUGAUAUACUUGCAAUUUCCGCCCUUGAUUUAUUGAUAGAUGGUUAAUAUAUUGAAGCCAUUUGAGUAAAUGAUGAGCCACUCAAUCACAAGUGGAAGAAUGUUUGGAUGGUUAAGAAAAGUGAUUUGAAUUAACAACUGUUAAUGGUGCAUCUAGAUGCAAUUUCAUGUAGCAGUACAUUGGCAGACUUAUAAGUAUUUCUCAAUUUCCACAAGAUGGAUAGGGAUCUAUUGAUAUUGAUAAUAGGAAUAUGCAUAGGCUUCGUAAUUGGAGCUGGUUUGGGAUUUUUAAUUUUAGUCCUCUUCAUGUGUGGAAGGAAGUUUGUAGAGGGGGAAAAGAGCAGUCCUCGGAGGACCCAGGCCGUUAUUGGUCAUGUCAAAAGGGUUGAUUCCAGCAUAUCAUUAUCAGACUCCAAUGCAGCUUUGGAGUCACCAAGAACAUCGGAAUGGAGUAACGCAAAUUUUUGGUUAGAAGGACUAAGGAGGAAGAAUUCAGUCUCAGCAUGUGGAAUUCCUAAGUAUUCUUACAAAGAUGUAGAAAAGGCUACUUCUAAUUUUACAACGAUCAUUGGCCAUGGAGCAUUUGGUUCUGUUUACAAAGCACAAAUGCCUACAGGUGAGACGGUUGCAGUUAAAGUUCUUGGUGCUAAUUCAAGACAAGGAGAACAAGAAUUUUUAACUGAGGUUCUAUUACUUGGAAGAUUACAUCACAAAAACCUUGUGGCUUUGGUGGGAUAUGCUGCGGAAAGAGGACGACAUAUGCUCCUUUACAUUUACAUGAGCAAUGGCAGUCUUGCUUCUCAUUUAUAUGGAAAAGAUUAUGAGCCAUUAAGCUGGGAUUUGAGACUUAGCAUAGCACUAGAUGUUGCAAGGGUGCUGGAAUAUCUACAUUAUGGGGCUGAUCCACCUAUUGUGCACCGUGACAUCAAGUCUUCCAACAUUCUAUUGGAUGAGUUCAUGAAAGCCAAGGUCACUGACUUUGGGCUUUCCAGACCAGAGAUGAUUAAGCCGCGUGCGUCCAAUAUCAGAGGAACUUUUGGAUAUCUUGAUCCUGAGUAUAUAUCUACAAGUACCUUCACUAAGAAAAGCGAUGUAUAUAGUUUUGGUGUGCUACUUUUCGAGCUUAUUACUGGAAGAAAUCCACAGCAGGGGCUAAUGGAAUAUGUAAAACUAGCUGCCAUGGAAAGUGAGGGCAAGAUUGGAUGGGAAGAAAUUGUGGAUCCGCAACUGAAUGGAAACUAUGAUGUAAACAAGCUUAAUGAUAUGGCUUCACUUGCAUUCAAAUGUGUCAGUGGAGUUUCCAAAACUAGACCUUCAAUGAGGACCGCUGUUCAAGCAUUAUCUAAGCUUUAUAAGAAGCCUAAAAGAAAUCAUAGCCAGACAUCUUCUACCGCAUUAAGCGAAGUGUCUGUCGAAGUGGAACAGCCAGGAACUCGAGACUUUUCAUCUAUUGAGGGUUCAGGGGAGUUGCGCAGAUUGCACAGCCGAUAAUCAUAGGAGUUUGUCGGUGUUCUUGAAUGUUUAAAUCAUCUAUCUUCUUUUAAUUUCGUUUAAUUGGCUAAAAGUUUAUCUUCAAGAGUUAUAAAGUCAAUUGUACAAUCGAUUUGCACCGUCGGUGCAUUGAAAUUAAUCUCUUGUUAAACCAUUGGGAAUGUGAAGCCCCCUAACAUUGUUAGACUGAAGAAUAUUGUGCUCCUCAUGAGAAGUUUUUUUUAUUAUUGAUGGCUAUUCCACUGAUAACAA